GCCGACGAUCACUGCCAAUCGCGAUUCAUAGCUCCAGUUCACCUCAUCUUUUCUCUUCCGUUGCUCAUCUCGUCGUCUCGAGCCAACGGUCAUGCGGUCAUCCAAAGCCAACAUCCGAAUCGCAACUCAGUCGGAAUUGUCACUGUGAUAUGCUCGUUCCGCUGGCGAACUAUUAUGGAGAUAGCUGAUGCCGGAGGAGGAUCCAACAACAGACAGCAGUACUUUCGAUCACCGCAUCGUAUCGGUAUCGCCUCGCUGUUGCUGCUACUGCUGCUGCUGUUGAUUGCUGACGCGUCGGACGGCGGCGGCGUUGGGGGUGGCACAGGCGGCGGGGGCACGAGCGGUGGCGGUAGCGGUAGCACUGGCACUAGUGGUAGCAGUGGCGGCAGCGGUGGCGGUGGCAGUGGUGUCAGCAUUAUUGGCAGCGGCGUCGGUGGUGGCACUUGCGGGUUGGCCGAGUUGACGUGCCGGGACGGCCGCUGCGUGCCGAUCGACGCUUAUUGCAACGGCGAGGAUGAUUGCGGUGAUGGUAGCGACGAGCCGGCGAUGUGCACGCCGUGCAAUCGCACGUACCACGGUCGCGAGGGUCACACAUACAAGUUGGACCUACCGAGACCCGCCGAGGAACGGCUGCCAUUCCUCUGCCACCUAACGUUCACCGCGGCCGGCCAGGGCUACGGCGAGCUAGUCCAGCUACUGUGGGAUGCGUUCAGCGUCGGUCGCGUCGACGCGAACGCCGACAACUACUUCACCAGCUGCCCAGAAGGCUCGCUCCAGCUCGCCGAACUCGGCAGGCACUUCACCGGCGGCUCGUGGUGCGGUGUCAGCGAAGGUCGCGCGUCUUAUUACAGCGAAACCAGUACGGUCACUGCCUCUAUACGACUGUUCCACGCACCAUCCGCAGUGCCAUUUGAGUUUCGUCUCCGUUACCGCUUCGUCUCGCGCAAUGAGGCGGUUGCUCGGCUGGGCAAGCCGGACCUGCCGAUCGAGCGAGGCUCGCCGGUGCCGGGCACCUACUGCUCCCGCAACUUCUACGAAUGCCACCUGAAGCAGUGCCGGUUGCAAAGCCCGAACUACCCGGGUGAAUAUCCGCGCAACGCUAGCUGCUUGAUCACCGUGCGCCAGAAAGAGGUGCCCACGUGCAAGCACGCGAUGAUAUCCGUCAAGAGCGCCUUUGCCGGCCCGGUCGGUCUCAGCGCCACCGUCAACACCAGCCUUAGCGUCUGGCAGGACUGCUCCCCGGAGCGGGAUCGACUGAUCUUCCGCGACGGUGCACGCACCGAGGACCCGGUCCUUCUAGUUUACUGCGGCGGCCCGCUGCCGCAGGUAACUGCGCGCGGGCCCGCCAUGCAGGUGGAGUUCCGCAGCUCGCCGGUCGCGAUACCGCUGGGCGCGUCGUCCCUGCGACUUGAGCUCGAGCUGCGCGUGAUCUACGUUGAUUCGGACGGCCUGGACUACGCCAAGGGUCCGCAAGGCUGCCACUUCUUCGUCAACGGCACCGGCGUCGGCGCCAAGCGAAGUGGAACGAUACGCGCUCCCUUGCACGCUUUACCGCCCGGCUCCAGCUGCACGUGGAACAUUAAGGGCGCGAUCGGCGACCGGGUGUGGAUAUACUUCUCGUCGUACUCGCAGCGCGAUCUCACUAACGGCAAUGGCGAGAACGGCAACACGAGCACCAAUGGCCAGGCGACGCCGGACAUCUCCGCAGCGUCGGUGGCGCGGUUAAACUUGUGCGCGGUUAAACUUGUUUUCUGGGAUGGUGCACCGAACACGGGCCAGCCGAUGGCCACGUUGUGCGACGACACGCCUAAGCUAUGCGCCCACGCUGCACUUCGCAACAUCACCAGGGCAACGAGGCCGUGCACCGAGGAAGAGAGCUACCUGACGACCGCGCCGAGCCUGACGCUGCGCAUGGAGACUGUUCUGGGCACCUCGCUUCAUCCGAUUAAUUUUCACGCGCGAUAUGAAUUCGUUUCCACCGUUCAAACCGGUGAACCCUGGGGCGAUGGUAUCUGCAGCCGAGUAUGGCGCAAGGUGCAUGUCGGCGAGGUGAUGUCGCCGCGCGACGUACGUCUGUACGGCCGGGGUGGUACCAGCAAGUUAGAUUGCAGAUAUCGCGUGGAAGCUGGCAGCGGGGAGCGAGUGCGCUUGACAUUACACAACGUCAGUCUGGGCGAGUCCACCAUGUGCACAAGUGAUUCGGAUCCGCACACCGGUAAGCCUCGCUGCGUUCAAGAAGUAGGAUCCAGAGAAGCGCGUCUGGUCAUUUACGAGGCGCCGUGGCGGGACGUGAGGCUACCCCGAGCAUGUCUGUGCGACAAUACGUCGCAUUUGCCGCUCACAUACAUUACUUCCGGUCGUGCGCUGGAGAUAACUUUCUUGGUGGACCAGCAGGCGCCCCACGAAGACUUUGAGACGCUCUUUUUCUACGCCAGCUUCGAGCUCAUUCGUGUGCCAGAGUGUCCACGAAAGCAGAGGAUCCGUGGUGAGGGUGGCGAACUGAGAUUCGUCAAUCCCCCAUUGUCGAGGCCGGACAUCUAUUGCGAAGGUCUCCCGUGGCUAGUGGAGGCGCACGAGAACCGAUCGCUCUUUCUCCUGACCUGGGGCUGGUUUCUGCCAUUAGAGCCGCCGCCAAUCACUGGUCCCGAAACGUCUAGUGGCGUCAGCGGUAUUAGCAGCAGCAGCGGCGGCGGCGGCGGCAGUGGCAGCGGCGAUCAAACGAAAUGCCCUACCACCAAUCGCAUUCUCCUCUAUACCGGCUGGCCGCCGAAGUUGCUGAAGGUGGUAUGCCCGGCGGAACCGGGCGCCCGCGAGUUCACUGUGCACGUGUUCUCGCAGGAAUGGCUGGGCCCGACGGAGGAGGGCAAGUGGCCCGGACCACCGAGGCCGCCCGCGUUACUGCUAGACUUCGUGGCACGGGAAACCGGCCAAGCGGCCGCCUCCUGGCUGGAGAUCUCAAAGAGUCGCGCGGCGCUGCGUCGGCAGCUGCGUCUUCCGGAGAGAAUGGCGGGAAUAAUCGAGAACGACACGAACGGCAUGCCGUCGUACAUCGGUGACUGCCCGCACAAGUGCCCCGAACUGGGUGCGUGCAUCGCCGCCAGUCUUUGGUGUGACGGCCACGCGCACUGCCCAUCCGGUCACGACGAGGCCAACUGCGGGAACGGCGCGCGGCUGCUCGGACUGCUCCCGCCCACCAUAUGGCUCGUCGUCGCCGGCGUCGCUGGAAUUGUCACUGCCUUCGCGUGCCUAUUCACUAUUCUUAUUAGCAGAUCCAAAGCUCGCACAAAGAGACUUCAUUACAACGGGCCGAGCAAGAAAAGCAAGAAACCGCGACGUGCGCCGACCGAGGAGACGCUCCUCGGAGUGGCUUCCUGACAACAGCCACCCGGUUUCGUGGAGUAUAUUCACGUGGACCGGGAAACGACUGUCUAGCGACGCUAAUUCUGUGCUUCACCGUCCAAUGACUUCUCUACUCAACAAAAUCUUCCCCAUGAUGCCAUAUAUAAUUGUGCAGCGGGUGAUGAGAUUUUUCCGCUUCUUCCUUCCUACGUACAUGAAGGGAGAAGUGUUUUUACGUUUCCUUGUCCUGACUUCUAUCUCAUCUUCUUUUUUUCUUGUUUAUUUGGUCUCCUCUUAUGUCUCUAAUCUCUAAUUAGUUCCUCAAGUAAGAGUUAGGACAUCGGAUGAUUUUUAAUUGCUUCCGCUAUAUUCAGAGAACAAAAGUUUCCUGAAUGGUUAAAUACAAAACAAAAUAUAGUGAUAACGGUGUUUGGUGACGUAUGUGACAAACCACGAAUCAAUAACCACGCGUUCAUGCCGUAAUUAAUUUAAUAGCGACCUGUCGCGUAUAAGCGAGAGCGGUGUCUUAACUCUUACUUGAAGAAUUCUAUCCCUAAUCAUCAUCUUUUCUUUUCUCGAAUGCUUGUACGCUGCGAAUUUCAGGCUGCUUCUCUUGCUCUUUCGAUAUUUUUGCCACCCAUUCGAUAUACACGUUGGCCAGUGUUUUGUUGAGAUAUUAAUGCAAUGUUGUAAUAACAUCAAAUUUGAUCAGUUAUCUCAAUAAGAUUUUGCCCAGCAUUAACUCUUAAGGUAUCAUGUAAAAAGAGGGUACCUUCUUGGUAUCAUCAUGGGUAUCUCGCUUUCAAUCACUUUUUAUCUAUUUAAAAAGUAGUGGUAAAGAAAUAGUGAUUAAAAAAUAAAAGAUAGUGUAAUUUAAUUACCUUUGAAAUUUCGAGAAAUUGAAAUCUUCCAUAGAUAGAAAUGGGCCACGGAAUAUUCACGAUGGUGUCCCGUGUCCGUACCUUAAGGAUUAAAGUUUGUUUAUCAAAUGGGUGUCAAGAACCGAAAAGAGAUGACACACACACACACACACACACACACACACACACACACACACACACAUAUAUAUAUAUAUAUAUAUAUAUAUAUAUAUAUAUAUAUAUGGAUCAUGAAGUGCGUAUUACGUGUGCCUGUAACGUGUUGUUUAACUCUCCGAUAAUACAUAGAUCUAAGACGUUUCUCUCAAAAAAAAGUCAUAGAAGGAACAUGUUAGAUCCACAUGUUAUUUUUUUUCUGUAAGUAACAAUUUUACAUAUGAAAAAUGUUUUUAAUCAAAACAAAAACAUUGUCUCCUUGAAAGAUUUUUGAUAUAUCGUCACUUCUUUAUUUUAGUUAUUGCCAAAAAGUGUGAUAGACGAAAUUCGUUACUCAAAGUUCAUUAAAAAUAAAAUAUUUAGUAAACAAUUUUCAAAAUAAUUAUGAAAUGUUCCACUACAAUUGUGAUAAAAGUUUUCUGAAUCUUUUUCAUUUUUUUUUUUUUUUUUUUUUUUUUUAAUUCUUUAAAGAAGGGAAAUUAGCAUCUGACAUGACAAAUUCAUAUAUACACUAGGAAGGUAUUGAAAAAACGUCGGAGGGUUAAAUAUCCGCAGUGUAGAGUUCAAGUCUGGUUUCGUUGAUUCCAAAGGAUUGUCGCGUUCACGUUCACCCUCGUGUCUACGUUGACUCGCAUCGAAAAUCUAUCCAUCGAAUGUCUUCUGUUCGCAAGGUAUAUUAGUGACGUACUUAUUUGUGAUAAUCCUCUGACUCCUCCAUAUGCAUUUAAAUACAAUUACGCGCUGUGUUACUUCCAUAUAGACUCAUAUCCCAGUGAGAAAUGGUUCCUAAAAAAUGACGUCGUUUUGAUGUCGAAAAUAAAAGUCGAAAAUUUUCGAACUAUUUUUGACUGGGACAGAUAUACACAAAUACAUAUGCACACGUGUGCGAAUCUCUCGAUUUAGGUGUAGAUUUAAGUGUCUCGACGGUCGGAAAGUAAAUCCCGUGAAGCUACGCGGCACUCGGGCGAAAUCUACCUUUCAAACACAAUUAUUACCUGACGAUACACUAACUCGCGCGUUCUCACACAUAUAGUGAUAAUUAUUUUAGAGACUAGAAGAGAAAGAAAGAGAACGAGUCGUAUCUUUCGUGGGUUAUUCUAACAAAAGAUAAAUUAUAUAUAUAUAAUAGAUUAGAGUCGAAAACAAAAGAGCAUUUUACGAGAAUAAGAAUCAUAUAUUUCAGAAUUCUAUGGAUAAUGAGAUUAAUUGAAUGAUGUUGAAGCAUAAAGUGUGUAGCUACCAAUGUGUUGAAGAUAAAAACAGGUCAGGGUUCGUAGAAUAGUAUACAUGUAUAGAAUGAGGACGCUCCGCCGCGGUUCUCGCGACGGGACUUAACAAAUAUACUGCCUUUUUCGCACGUGGGAUUGUUCUGAUGUCGAAAUGGAAAUUGCUUUAAGGACUUUGCGUCUCUCAAUCUCCAGAAGUUAAAACGAAGUUCAUCAAGUUCAUUUCACCUCUGUAUCUUCCGAAACAUAUGUAUAUCAUUUUUACAUAUUCCUAUCAAAAAGAAAAUAAAUACGUUAUUUUUAUAUAUUAUUAUUACGAAACAUAUUAAUGUUAUCGGAUUGUUAUUCAGCGUUUAAAUUGAUUCAUGGUGAUCUGCGUUCGUCCGGUGAAGUGCGUCAUCCGGCGUUUAGACGAAUAUAUUUAUUUAUUUGUUUAUUUGUCACAUACGCGAACGACGUUUGUAUAAUAUAGACUGUAAGAAGGGAGGAUGGCAACACAGGGGGGAAAAGUCUGAAGUCGCAUUCGCACCGCGCAAUGCCGUAUUCAGAAGCAAUAUUCUAAAGCGGUGGGAGAACAACCGACCCUCACGCGAUCUCAGAUUUAAUACUCUUUGCUCUGCCAGUAUUCUAACAAAAUAAGUACUAUUGCGAUACAGAUACUAUAGAGAUAUAUUAUAUUACGGUAUAUCGGAAGAAAAUGGUGAUCUCUGGCUCGAUCCGUUCGACCAUUUCUGACCUUUGCUCCUUUUUCCCUUCCCAGGUAGUUUCACUGAACCUUGUACAUAUAAUCUUCGAUAUGCGUACACAUGUAUAUACAUUACAUAGGGCGUUUCAAAGCUUUAUUGACAAGCUUCCAGAGCAGCUUCCCGUCGAAUGGGGACGGUUCUCUGCCGUCACACUUACUCUUUACACAAUAGCACCGUUCUUUUUAACUGAGCUUCUUGCACGGUUCAGCUUUUCUCUUUUUCUCUUUAACGUGAAAAGAAAAAGAGAGAUAAACCGUGAGCGAACCGUUCAGGUAAAAGGAGCAGGCCUAUUAUCUACUUUCCCUUGCUCGUUUAUCGCAGAGCCGGGACUGCAGGGGUGUGGCGAACGAGGCACUUGUCUCGCAUAAAAAAUUUAAAGGGGCGUAAAAAUGUGGCAAUACAAAUUUCUAUGUAUAGUAAUUGGAUUCAUCAAAAAGUUGGCUGAGAUUAUAUAAUUAAGUAAAGAAAAAUUAAAUCAAACUUGGGAUUGCUCUCAGUUGCAGAUAUUAACGCGCUUUUUCGUUGUUCUAUUUUUAUCGUUCAUAAAAUAAGGAUAGAAUGACACUCGCGUGAAACGCGCUAACAUAUUAUCGGUAUUUAAUAUAUUAAUUUAAUACAUAUCAUGAAACAAUUAUUUUAUUUUAUUUUUUUUUUUUUUACUAAGAGACGCUGUUUUUCUUUCGCCUCGGGCGCCACUUUGACCCGGCUCUGGUUCGCAGGAAUUGCAAUCGGUUUUCGGUACUCCGACGUUGUGGAAGCUUGCCAAGGGAUUCUGAAUAUCUCCUAUAAUGUUAAUUUUAUACUAUGUAUACAUAGCGACAUAUAUAAUGGAGCGCGUAACAUGUUACAUAUGCAUACAUACGGGGCGGUCCCGCCUGGUUUUAAGGGCGGCUUCAAUCGAAGAGACCCGAUUAAUUUGAUCGAUUAUUAAUACAACCAGCAGAACUGCUUAAAGCAAAA